UUUUUCCCUCUUUAAAUUAAAUUCUCUGUCACACUUUCCGUCUUUGUCUUUCUCUCUCUUAUCAGCCUCGACCUUGUCGAUGGCUCCCAUGAAGCUUCGUCAAUCGGAAACCUUACCCUCAUCUUCGCAAGACGCUCGUAUUCUGGUGCGGGAGACAAUGCGAAUCAGUGCCAAUUUAGCUUCUGCUCCUCCCCCUUCCAUGCCGGUGGUUCCUCCUACUCUUCCGGAGAGUAAGAAUCUCAGGUUAGGGCUUGUGGAAGAUGAGUUUAUUGAUUCUAGUUUGAGGUUGAUUUGUUGUGAAGAGAUAGAUGGGCGUCGAUGGAAGUAUGUUGCUGAGAAUGAUUCUUUUGGUAAUUUAAAAAAAGGAUCUAUUCGUUCUGUUUCUUUGCACACUCCUCUUGCUCCUGCAGAUGAAAUAGCGUCAUUUAUACGAUCCUAUGUUGUUCCCGAAGGCUUUCCUGAUAGUGUCUCGCCUUCAUAUGUUCCAUACAUGACAUGGAGGGCAUUAAAGCACUUCUUUGGUGGAGCUAUGGGUGUCUUUACUACACAAACGUUGUUGACUUCUGUUGGAGUAUCUAGAAACAGAGCUACUCCUGGUGCUGUUGCGAUUAACUGGAUCCUCAAGGAUGGUGCUGGUCGGGUCGGAAAAAUGCUUUUUGCUAGACAAGGAAAAAAGUUUGACUACGAUUUGAAACAACUUCGAUUUUCUGGUGAUUUAUUGAUGGAGUUGGGUGCUGGUGUAGAACUGGCCACUGCAGCAAUGCCAAACUUGUUUCUGCCAUUGGCUUGUGCUGCCAAUGUUGCUAAGAAUGUUGCUGCUGUUACAUCAACAUCUACUCGUACUCCAAUUUACAAAGCAUUUGCUAAGGGUGAGAAUAUUGGAGAUGUUACUGCAAAAGGAGAAUGUGUUAGCAAUGUGGCAGAUCUGCUGGGAACUGGACUAAGCAUCGUGCUUUCGAAAAACAAACCAUCCUUGGUUACAACAUUUGCCUUCCUCUCUUGUGGUUAUGUUCUGAGUUCUUAUCAAGAGGUGAGGUCUGUUGUACUGCAUACUCUGAACAGAGCUCGAUUUACGGUGGCAGUAGAAUCUUUCCUUAAAACUGGGCGAGUCCCAUCCCUGAAAGAAGGAAAUUUGAAGGAAAGUAUAUUUGCUUUUCCAUGGAUUCAGGAUAGCUCUGUUCAACUUGGUUGUAGAUUCAGAGAUGCAUUUCAGGACCCAGGUUUAUACAUUGCUCUAGAGCCCCUCUUUGAGAGAGAGAGAUAUGUGGUGACAUACAAUCCUGUAAAGAACAAAGUGUGUGCAUUGCUUAAAGACCAGGCAAAAUCUGAAGAUAUUUUAAAAGCGGCAUUUCAUAGUCAUGUGCUUCUUCAUUCCAUUCGAUCAUCAGUCAAAAAGCAGACUGCUUCUGGGAAGCAUUAUGAGCAUGAUAGCUUAAAUUCUACAGCCAUGCCUGAUGAUAUUGAUAGUCUUGUGGCUGAAUCAUGCAAGAUGGUUUUGUCUACAUAUGGGCUCUUUAAAUAUAAUGCUGCUGAACAGGUAGAUGCAUCAAAAGCGAUUUAUAAGUGAUACUUAUACCCUAUUGCAGGGAUGGGUAAUGUCAGAGUCACUUCUAAAUCCUGGGCGAGCUCGGUUGUGUCAAGAUUAAGAUUGGACCUCAUGCUUCUAGUUGAGGGAAACAAGUUAGAUCUUGGCUUCUAUAGAAUUUCGAGCUAAGAUACAUGAGCACAUGCAGAACACACCUAAUAAUCCACAUGCCUAUCAUUCAUUGAUGUCCUGAUGCUUACAUUGAGAUAAAAGUAGCAACCUUUAUAAUGGUAAUAGUAUUGUGGAUAUAUCGUUAUCCUGUGGAAGAUUGCUGUUUUGAUCUGAUGGAAAAUUGCAGAUUUCACAAUCCAACGUUCACAAUUGAGUUCUUUGAAGCAGCAGUUUGGUUACAAAAGAUUUUGUAGUUAGCAUGUCCUUUUUCUCCCCUUUUUCUGUAUAGCAUAGCAGUAUAUAUAUUUAUAUAUGGUCGAUAUAGCUUGUGCUGUUAAUGUAGUAUGAAGUUUGUCUUUCUCUCCCUUUGUACACUUUGUAUCUUGUUCGUGUAGUGGUUUUACUUAUGUUUUGAGGACGCAAGAUUUUGUCAGCUUUGGAGUUUACGAGUGACAUUAGUGGACAUUCUGAGUGGACUAUAGUAAUUUUUCCUCGCAAAAUGGGGAAGAAUGCCUCUAUUCGAGGAAUCAAAAUUUUGUUCUCAUGUACACUAUAUUUGAGGAUUCGAAGUUUUUAGAAAGCCAACUUUUGUGGCAUUGAUUUAAGAAUUUUGUUCUUUUCAGCAGCUAUAAUCGAUGAUAUAUGAUUUUUAUUUUA